AUGUUCUUCGCUAGAGCGAUCUACCAUAUCUUCGAAAGGGCCUGGGAUGAUAUGCGGCUCUUCCGGGAUAUCGCUAAACUGGCGGUCUGUCAACUCAUUACAUCCAUUCGCAUACCCCGUUGGGGUGCGAAUGAUUUGGAAGGCACGACGAUUUUGAGUUUUCCGGCUUUAGUGCGAGUCUAUGUUUCCGGUAUCUGGCCACUAGAUGAUGUCGAUGGUAUACGGGAAAAGCUGCGGGUCUGGACAGAGAAUGCAAACUUGGAGGUCGUCUUUGAAGCCCAUCCUGAAUCCGUGCGAAGAGCUUUGGAAGGUGAGAGCGCGGCUUCUGAAACUCCGGCUAGUACGCUCAGAAACCAGCUCAACUCACCUCUUCUCCGCCUGCCCGCCGAGAUCCGCAACAAGAUCUACACCUUCGUCUCGCUCUCUACGACCAUCAAAGUGACAGAAGCCUCCGAGAGCAGCCUUUUGAAACGGAUCCUCUGCUUGAGAGCCCCAGGUCUUGUUAGAAGUUGCCAGCAGAUACAGCACGAAGCCACAACCUUGCUCUAUAGCCUAGCUACUUUCGACAUCACCAACCACAGCGUCGCCUUCCUGCUAGGUAGAGUAUCCAAUCGCAACAUCUGUAGUCUCAUUACCUCAAUCAAGAUGUCCGGUUACUUGGCUUUUACCGUAAUGUCCAAGUCCGAUUCCGUACCACGUUCUUGGAGAGAUAACAGGACACCAGCAGGAUGCCUGCCAAGUCUCAAGAGCGUGUAUGUACAGAAGAUAUACUGUGAAUGGAAGAACAUGAAGGAUCCAGCAGCUCUGAGGAAGUGGUUUGGAGAUGAAUCACUCGAGAUCAUCUUUGAGGAGUAUGCUGGCUGA